UAAAUCAGCGCUACCUAGUUGUUAGUGUCUAAGGAAUCAGCAGGAGCACCAUGCGUCGUAUAUAGAAAGAGGCAAAUAUUAAGGAAAUACCUUCGAAUCAGAUCGGGAACAUUCCAUAAGGAAUCGCUGCUCAAAGUGCCAUAAAAAUCGUUCGUCCGUCUGAUCCCAUCUACUCGCAGCGAAACGAAAAUCGAAGGCGGCAAGCGGAAGUAUAAAAAGAGAUGUUAGAACAGUUUCUAUGCCACCAAUAAUAGUGCUAAUCUAUUAAAAAAAAACUGUGCAUUUAUUUGAAGACGAAGACUUUAAGGAUUAAAAACGGCGUGCUUUCGUUGUCUCAAUAUGAAUUUUGUGCGGGGUAAAGUGAGCAGACAAAAAAAGAGAUACCAGGAAGAUGGGUUCGAUCUAGAUCUAUCAUGUAUCCUUUUUCUACCAAAAAAAAAAAACUGUGCUUUUUCCAUUAUUUUUCCUUAAUAACACUGCAGAUAUCGAUAGGCAGAUUAUCGCCAUGGGGUAUCCGGCUACUAAAGUCGAAGGCCUAUACAGGAAUCCAAUGGAUGAAGUAUCUAGGUUUUUAAAUUCAAAGCACAAGGAUAAGUACAAAGUGUACAACUUGUGUAGCGAAAGUAGACGACAGUACUGUGAAAGUAAUUUUGAAAAUCGAGUAGAAAAUAAAUAUAGGUUUAAUGAUCAUAAUCCACCUCCUUUUAAAAUAAUUGAAGAAUUUUGCGCGGACGUCUCUUCAUGGUUAAAUGAUGACGAAGAAAGAAUUGUUGCUGUGCAUUGCAAAGCUGGAAAGGGAAGGACUGGAACAAUGAUAUGCUGCUAUUUGUUGUAUAAAAUGUAUGAAAUGUUAUUGAAAGAUAUAGAUGGUGAUUUAGAAGGCAUUGAUGCCCAGAAAGCUAUGAAAGAAUAUGACGAAGCUAGAACGGAAGAUAAAAAAGGAGUAACCAUACCCUCACAACGUCGAUAUAUAACCUAUUUUUCCCAAUAUUUGCGGAAUCAUCUGUAUUCAAUAAGACAGUUAAGCCUUGUGAACAGUACAUAUAAAUAUGAAAAGAUUAUAUACCAUUUGAAAGCUAUUCGUUUUAAUGCGAUACCUAACUGUGGCAAAGUAACGCAAGCAGGCGGUGCAUUUGUUCCACAAAUUGCAGUCAAGAGAGUUUCAGAAAGCAGUCCUGAUCAGUUUAUAGGAAUAGUAGAAAAAUUUCCUGACAGUAACGUAAAGAGAACGGAUUGUGGAGUUUAUUUGACAUUUAAUAAAGAAAUACUCGUACAUGACGAUGUUUUAAUUGAGGUUGUGAAUAAAACAUCUUUUGGUAAAGAAAAACUAUUCCAUUUCUGGUUUAACACAUUUUUUGUUGGACAAGAAACUUGUGCAGUUAGUGAUCGUUUUAAUAGUUCAAUUGAAGAAGAAAGAAAUGGGAUAUCCACACCCAAGAGGACUUUUACGGAUCCUCAUAAUAAGCAUAAGUGUAGUGCCUGUGAAUGUGAUUCUACUGAAAAAUAUCCUUUCCUGGAUAUACCUCUCUCAGAAUUGGAUAGAGCCUACAAAGAUAUACAACAUAAGAUAUACCCUGCCUACUUCAAGGUACGACUCUUCUUGGAAAAAUGUAAUACCAAUAGUUCUGACCAUCAACCUGACAGGGCUUCUGCGGCUCAAAUCGAAGAAGUAACAGAUGACACAGCUACAGCCAGCGAUUUAAGCGAUGACUAG